AGAAAAAGUAGGAAGAAUCGGGUCGGGUCGGUAGCUUGUGGAGAGAUUCGUUUUUCUGUUCGUUUCUUGAAAAGAGAAGAGAAGGCAUAGAGGGAGAGUGAUAAGAGAAACUCAACGGUACGAUGGUGGAGAACGGUGUUAUCACGGAAGAGAAGCAGAGGCAGAUCGCCGAUAACAGAAACGACGUCGUUACCAACCAUUCGAAGUCCGGGGAAUCUACUCCCCCUACCGAUCGUCCCGUCCGCGUUUACGCUGAUGGAAUCUACGAUCUCUUCCAUUUCGGUCAUGCUCGCUCCCUUGAACAAGCCAAAAAGUCGUUUCCCAAUACAUACUUGCUGGUGGGAUGCUGCAGUGAUAAAACUACACACAUGUUCAAGGGCAAGACUGUUAUGACUGAAUCUGAGCGUUAUGAAUCUCUACGCCACUGCAAGUGGGUUGAUGAGGUUGUUACUGAUGCGCCGUGGGUGAUAAAUCAAGAGUUCCUUGACAAGCACCAAAUCGAUUAUGUUGCUCAUGAUUCUCUUCCUUAUGCCGAUGCUAGUGGGGCUGGAAAGGAUGUUUAUGAAUUUGUCAAAGCCGUUGGGAGAUUUAAAGAGACAAAACGGACUGAAGGAAUUUCAACAUCAGACAUCAUAAUGAGGAUUGUGAAAGAUUAUAACCAAUAUGUAAUGCGUAAUCUAGAUCGUGGAUAUUCAAGAAAGGAGCUUAAUGUUAGCUAUGUGAAGGAAAAGCGACUAAGGGUGAAUAUGAGACUGAAGAAGCUACAGGAGAAAGUCAAAGAGCAUCAAGAAAAAGUGGGGGAGAAGAUUCAAACAGUGGCAAAGACAGCUGGCAUGCAUCGCAAUAUGUGGGUCGAAAAUACUGAUCGCUGGGUCGCUGGAUUUCUUGAGAUGUUUGAGGAAGGUUGCCAUAAAAUGGGUACAGCCAUAGGUAAAAGGAUUCAACAGGGGAGUGGGUUGUUGUUAAAUGGCCAUAAGAUUGAUGAUGAUUACUAUUAUGAGGAUGAGGAUGAGGAUGAGGAUGAGGAUGAGGAAGAGGAAGAGGAAGAGGAAGAGGAAGAGGAAGAAUAUUACGAAGAUGAAGAAUACUAUGAUAGUGACGAAAAGAUAUGAUUGUGCUCUGCAAAUGAUACCGUUGGUAGAAUCACUACACAGGUAAUGUAUUUUGUACUUGGGUUAUGUAGAAUAUAGUAGAAUGGCCGAGGUAAUCGAUCUUGUUGUAGUGUGCUUGGAUUUAACAAACUUUGUUACUUUCAACGGUGUUUGGUAUUGUAGUUGAAUUGAUUUGUGUUGCUCCUA